AUGGCUACGCUUGAAAACGUGCAUCUAUUCGAGUUUGUUGCUCAUUCAACCGAAAACUUGAACGGAGGACGCGGCCCCAAACGGGAGAGGCGAGCAUUUGUCAACAUCCGGAAUCACGUUUUCUUCUUGGUGGUGAGCCAAUUGGUGCUGCUGUGUGUUGUCGGUUGUUGGAUGGUGUAA